UGACGCCCGCUGCCAAUCACCACCACCGCCAACUCCCUGUCCUCAUCGUCCGCGUACUCGAUCACGAACCGCCUCCUGUUGUCGUUGUCGCUGUCGCUGUCGCUGUCGCUGCUACUGCUAUUGUUACGCCUACUGCUUCCAACCCCCCCCACUGCUGCUGCUACCUACAUCACAACUGCAGCCGCCGCCAUCACUUCCUCUCACCUCCGCCGCCGCAACCCCCUCCCCCUUCCACUUCACCUCCGAACAAUCUCCAUACUGGCGUACACACGCUUCGAAGAUACCCGUUCAAAUUUUUCCCCUGCGUUGUUCAUCCCCUCUUCCUCGCGCCGUGAAUCCUCUCGCCCUAGUCCAGAGGGAACAAAGAUCCGCGUCCGCCUCAAGACCCGCCGACACCGAAUACUCCUUCCCCACAUUUAUAUGAUCGCGAGCUACUUGCGGUGUUGACUUUUCUCUACACUCUCCUGCUCACCUCCACCACACACUCCACCACAACCACCACUACCACCACCACCGCCGUCGGCCUCCACCCGCCCACCUCCUCUCCCUCUCUCCCUUGCGCGUUCGUCUUCUUCCAAAAAAGAAGGGACGCAGACAACAUGGGGCAGACGCUCUCCGAACCCGUCGUCGAGAAGCACUCGGACGAAGGCCAAGAUGAUCGUGUCCUGUACGGCGUGUCCUCGAUGCAGGGCUGGCGGAUCAGCAUGGAGGACGCUCACGCUGCAGUCCUUGAUCUCAAGCCCGGCGACGAUGACUCGUCGACAGAGACGGCGCCCACAAAACGGCUUAGCUUCUUCGGCGUGUAUGACGGUCACGGUGGCGACAAGGUAGCCAUAUACGCGGGCGAAAACCUGCACAAGAUCAUCGCGAAACAAGAGGCUCUCAAGGCGGGCAAUAUUGAGCAGGCGAUAAAAGACGGGUUCCUUGCUACCGAUAGAGCGAUCCUGAACGAUCCAAAGUACGAGGAAGAAGUCUCGGGCUGCACCGCCUGCGUCAGUCUCAUAACGCACGACAAGAUCUACGUGGGCAAUGCAGGCGACUCGAGAGCUGUGCUCGGCAUCAAAGGCCGAGCAAAACCGAUGUCCUUCGACCACAAGCCGCAAAACGAGGCCGAGAAAGCUCGUAUCACCGCCGCCGGUGGCUUUGUCGAUUUCGGUCGCGUCAAUGGCAAUCUAGCUCUGUCACGCGCCAUCGGCGACUUCGAAUUCAAAAAGAGCGCAGAGCUUCCCCCGGAGCAACAGAUCGUGACUGCGUACCCCGAUGUUACUCAGCAUGAUCUGCACGAGGACGACGAGUUUCUCGUCGUUGCUUGCGACGGCAUUUGGGAUUGCCAAUCCUCACAAGCUGUCGUGGAAUUUGUGAGGCGAGGCAUUGCUGCGGGACAAGAGCUUCACGCCAUUUGCGAAAAUCUGAUGGACAACUGUCUGGCAUCAAACAGUGACACGGGAGGCGUCGGAUGCGACAACAUGACCGUCGUCAUCGUCGCACUUCUGAACGGCAAGACAAAGGAUGAGUGGUACAAGAUGGUCGCCGAUCGGGUGGCAAACGGCGACGGCCCUUGCGCUCCGCCAGAGUACGCUGAAUUCCGUGGCCCUGGCAUCCGCCAUCGCUAUGACGACAGUCCAGAGGAUUUCGACAUGGACAUGAUGCACGAUCACCAUGGGCGGGCAGGCGUACGCGCUUUCGCUGCUAGCCUCGGGAAUCGCAUCAUCCUCCUCGGUGACGGCACGGAAAUCAACACAAAUGAUCCAGAUGCCGACAUGUUUGAUCACGCCGACGAUGAUGAGGAUCACGAUCUGGAGCAUCAAGUGCACAAGGGCAUUUCGAGCGAUGAGGACGACGAGGCUGACGAGGAGGCGGUGAGGAAGCAAAGAGAAGGAACGCCCGGACCGGAUUCUAAGGCCGUGGCGGAGACCAAGAUAGAGAGUCCUAGCAGUGUGGCGACAGAGAAAAGUGAAGCUGCACCUGCUCCGGCUGCAUCAGAAACCGUCGAAACGUCAAAGCAGACAGACGCCGUAGAGAAGGCCGAAACGAAGGUGUAGUUUGCACGGAGCAUUUUUUUUCAUUAUGCAUACGGAGCUUACAUAUGGGAAAUGCGUGUUCAUGAAGGGCUCAGGCAUGACGACGUGAUCAUGGAUAGGGUAGGGCAGUGCGGUCGAUCGCGAGCUUUUUUCCUCAGUAAACACGAGGGACAUGCAUGCACACAAGCAGAUGUCUUGGAGAGUGGGGAGGAGCAGCGAUAGAGGGCGCGAGGGCGGCGACGACGAUGACGGCAACUGGAAACCCCCCUUUUGAUACCUCCUUACGGGUUUUUUUCCUUCUCACUGUCGAUUUUUUUCUCGUUCGAUACGUUACAUUAUGGUUGCAGCAUCACCCCUUAGAAGGCUGGGGGAUUGCUCGUCAUGGAAUUUGGUGUUUCUGAAAAUGCGUGUUCACUUGCUACCCAGUCCUAACUAGACACUCGUUGCGUCUUCGGUUUCCAAGGGCUGUAUUGACAGUCGCACCCACGGUCACGAUACGAGUACGCAUUCACGCUAGACACAACGUAGCCUUACAUGAUUACCAGGCCAUGAUGCAUGUCGCCAAGUAGACAAUGCUAUCUUUAAAAGCCUUUCGAAGUCUCCUCAGCAGACCCCAAAUCAUUUAGCAGCUACUCGAACUGUCGAUCAAACAAGCCUCUGUCCUGUAGAUUUGAGAACCACUAGACUCCGAACGUGAG